ACAGAUCUUAUGCCUACGAAUGGCAGUGUCGAACAAUUUAACCAGACUCUGAAACAGUUUCAGCAGAAAGAUCAUUAAGUGCGCAAUACACAUACGUACGAAAUGGCGAAUCAGAAUUAUUUAAGCAACCCGAAAAAUCCGUUUUUCUGUCUCGACGAUGACAUCGAUGACGAAACUUUUCUAAACAGUGCACCACCAAGAUCCUCUGGACGUGCUUAUAAUCAUUAUGCCAAUUUCGACGACGAACUUCAACAAAAGCACGAACAAUUAUUGCAACGGAAAAAGGAGAUAGAACAACGUACAAUACAAUCAUCAGAACGAUCUAUUUCGUUAUUAAGAGAUUCUGAACAGAUCGGAGCUGCCACAGCAGAGGAACUCAGUAGACAGAGGGAACAAUUAGAAAGAACUGAAAAGAGAUUAGAUGAUAUUAAUAGUACUUUAAGGUUUAGUCAAAAACAUAUUCAAGGAAUAAAAAGUGUAUUUGGAAGUUUUAAAAAUUACCUAAGUGGUAAAUCAAUGGAUGUACCCAUACCAUCAACUAUAUUAUCUGAAUCUUCUAGUUCUGAAUCUAUGACAUCUCCUGCUUUAUCUAAGUCUUUAGAUCAAGUACAGACUAAUAUGGCUAGUACAAGCCCAGCAUUAAAGUUACGUGGAUUAGAUGAUGACUUUGAGGGUAAUAAUUCUUUGAGUAACAAUGUGAGUAAGAGAUUAGAAAAAAAUUUAGAUGAAAUGAGUGGUUCAUUAGCUAGAUUGAAAGGCUUAGCAAUAGGAUUAUCAGAGGAGAUAGAUUUACAGAAUGACUUAAUUGACAACAUAACAGAUAAAGCAGAAAGGACAGAUAUAAUGAUUCAAAAACAAAAUAAGGAUCUGACUCACUUAUUGAGAAAGUAA